AUGGGCUUCCUCGGGCCGAACCUCACGGCCACCGUGCUCGGGUCCUUCCUGUCCAUAAAGCUCCUGGCCACCUUUGAUGCCGCGCACCGGCUGCUCUCCGGCAUCCAAUAUUACCAGCUCCCCGAUGAGAGCCAGCUUCGUGAUGUCUUCCAGAAGGCUGCGCCCGUUGGAAAGGAUGGCUCGCUGGCGCAUGACACCUUUGUCAUCCCGAUUGCCGAGCUGGCAGAUCUGAAGCUCGAGCAGCAGGAGGUAAUUCGGCCCCCAGCCAUCGGCCAAAAUGGCAUCCUCACCUUGCGGCCGACUUACGACGUGUAUUCGUCGGUUUUGUCGGCUGGCGUGGCCGCCCUCCUGUCGCUCGGCACGGCGGAGCUCCUGUCGCGCGCUCUUCCCCGGUUUGCCCUCACCUCCGGAUACUUUCCCUGGGCCCUGGCUCUGGCGGUCAUGUCGUUUGUCUACAUCCUCGCUUCAACCGCGCGCGCCAGUGUCAAGCACGGGGUGCGCAACUUCGCCCUGCAGCGCUCCGUACGGGUGACGGUCUUCGCCCUGGUGGCGGCCCUGCUGCUUCUCUGGGCGGCGGAUCCCGAGUCGUCUGGCCUUCCCGGCCCGCUGGUGUCGAUCGAUCUCCGGGGCCAGGUAUUUGACAGCAUGCAAACCAUGUGCCAUGCAUUCAUGACCAGUGUCAACCAGGAUCCCCUAUCCAGCUGCCGCAUGUCAUUCAGCAACCUCCAGCUGAGCGUGGCUCUCCUGCUGGGCUUCUCCACCGGAGUCAUGGCACACGCCGCCCGGCGCCGGGCGCGCGCCAUUUACCAUCUGCUUUUCCUGCUGCCGGGCACCGGUCGCGGCGCUCGGCUACUGGCCAUUCUUCCCCUGGCAUUGAGUGCCCUCUUUUGCCUCUCCCUGACGCCGGUUCUCCCCCUGGUCCCGGGCCAGCAGAGCGCCUUGGCUGGGCUCGCGGCUGUCGCGCACAUGCUGGCCCUGCGCCCGGUGCUGGCGGCCUACCUGGCGGCGGUGCCCUUCCGUUUGCGGCGCUUGGCCGCUCCUGGCGCCUCGUCCACGCGUCUGACCCUCGGUCUGGCCGAGCUCCAGAGCCACGUCGUGCCAACCCUGUUGCAGCUGUGCGUUGUGGCCACCGAAUUGCUGAGUGUCCCGUUGCUGAUGGCCCUGGCCGGCAGUGUGGCAUGGAGUCUGCAGGAUGUCACGGCCAGUCUCUCGCCCGGGCUCCGGGCCAUUGGCACCCUGGCGAAGUUGACCCUCUGGUGGCUGCAUGCGGCGACCGUCGGCUUGACCCUGGUCGGCCUGGCCCGGGCACACUAUGACGCCCUCAUGCCAGGCGGCGUGGUGAGUGAUGUGUGA